AUGUCGGAUUCGGAGAAAAACAAACCUGAAAGUGGAAAGCAUGAUGAGGAAAAUGCAGAUGCACGCGUAUCUAUUACACCCUCAGAAGUUGAGGCGCAAUACCAGCCACAGCAUAUACUUUCAAAGGUAUCCAAGGACCUCGGCAAGGACAUUUUCUUCUGGACUCCAAAGAGUAUGCACCUCAUGGGCGGGUUGAACCAUAAUGUCACACCAAUCAACAGCAGGAUUCUGCAUCUUUGGGCCACUCUUCUCGAUUUCAGAAAGGAACGUCGCGUCAAGUUCGAGGUAUUCCCAGUGACAGUGAAAAGAAUUCCUACCGGAAUAUUCCACCACGAACGAUAUCGCAGUGGAGAGAACAUCCCCGAGAUGUCGACUGAUACGCUGCCCCCUGGGGAUUAUGAUUUCCAUGUUUUUGGCGAGAAAAAAAUACAUCCUUUUUAUCCGACCUUUAACAUUCCAUCUUUUAAGAGAGUCAAAUAUUUAACCACACUUCCAAAGGAAGAAGCAGUCUUGAUUUACACCGUCAGACCAGAAGAAGUGUUCAUGUUUGACGUACCCGACGACGUCCAGAAGCAUGUUCUCCAAAGAGAUCACGGACAAUGUGUAGUUACUGGCGUUUCGGGAGACGAUGUAGUUUCUGUCGUAUGGGCAGUUCCACCUCCAUUAAUUUAUGCGAUGAAGUAUGUGGAAGGCGGACGCACAUACAGCGCAAUGGGGGAACUCUACAAAUCAAUUAAUGCUAUCACACUUCGAAAGGACCUCGCUGAUGCUUUCCUUGAUGGAGCUUUUGGCAUCGAUGUAGAUGACGAUUACCGAGUUGUGGUACUCCGUAAUUUCGGACCGGAGGCGCAGUCGCUCAUUGGAACCAACAUCCAAGCAUACUUCCGUCAACCCGGCGCUAAGGAUCGAUUUGAAGGACCUAUGGACAUAUUUCUCCGUGCUCAUUUCGCUAAUUGCCUUUUUGUCAACUUUCAAGGCGGUGAUAUUGUCGAUCAAUACCCAAUGCACGUUGUCGGUGAAAGAUGUAACCGACUUGGUCUUUCUCUGGGUGAAUCGCGCAUUUCACGUCGGAGCAAAUUGUGGAAUGACGAAUUGAGCCAGAUUUUAUAUGAACACUGUUACGGAAGGCCCUUUGGUCCUCAUCCAGACAACAGUGAUUCGGAGUUUCAAUACGAGUCGGACUUGGACGAGGAGGGUUGGCAGUAA